AUGUCUGAAAGGUACGAUGUGCGCAGACAUACAAUGGUGGAGGAUAUUAGUGUCCCCAAGCACUUGCUCUCCACAGCGAAGUUCAAUUCGCCAUGGGAGUUGAAAAAGUGGGAGAAAACUCUCCCCGAGAAUGAUCGGGUUCGCUAUCCCGAUCUUCUGGCAGGGAAUCAGAAGAUAAAUGGACGUCUUGGUCGUUCAGCCAGUCUCUCGGCUGUGAGAGCUCCAAGAAACCCUAGACAGCCUCCUGCCAUUCGGCCACGCAGUAACCCUCCAGAGAUGCAAUUUUGGGAUAAUGAUCGUCGACGACCUAAUACUGGCCUGUUGACGCCUCCUCUUGAGUCUCCUAAAAAGCCUAUAACACCAAUCAAAGAGGCAUUUCAUCCCAGUCCACCAUUGAGCUCGAACGGCUCGACCCUUGGUCAUAUUCGGAAGAGUAGCAUGCACGAUGUCUAUGAAAAAGCCAAAGUGAGAGGUGUGGCACUUCAAAGGAAGUAUUGGGUCCGACUAUUGUUCGAAGGCAGUCUCUAUACACUCUUUAUUUUAUUCAUAUAUUUUGUCCUCAUCGGCAUGCCCUUAUGGCGGGGUGCCGUUUGGUGGCUCUAUUGGGUUAUCAGCAACAAAUUCGUCAUCCAAGGAGGUUGGGCAAUUCUACUUGGAUUGGCUUUCCUUGCUAACAUUCAUUUCUUUCUUCCAGAUACGCCUUCUGUCCCCUUCUCAUUCUGUUCGAAAAAGACCCCCCCAUCCGAGCCUGCAACUGUGACCGAUCCUGAAAAGCAAUUCGACAGCGCGAACAACACAGCUUUACUCAUUCCUUGCUAUAAAUCCGCACAGAUUAUCGGACCAACACUCAGAGCAGCUGUAGAAAUCUUCCCCGCCGAGAACAUCUUCGUCAUCGCCAAUGGAAAUUCUCAGACACCCCUCGAUGAUACAGAGGAUGUCUGUCGUCCUUACGGAGUGAAUCACCUCUGGGUGCCUAUUGGUUCUAAAAUUGUUGCACAGUUCGCUGGCUGUUACGCUGCAAAGGGAUUUGAGAACGUCCUUCUCAUUGACGACGAUUGUGCACUUCCGCCAAAUUUCCCAGUUGUCAGUGAUCGGUUGAAUGGAAUGGUUAAGUGUGUUGGAUAUACGAUCAAAAGUGUUGGUCCGAAUUCGUCCAAGGGUACAUACUGUCAACAAGCACAGGAUCUCGAGUAUAAAAUGUCUGGUAUCCAACGAGCCUUUUUUGGUAUGUUGGGAAGUGCAACAUUUCCUCAUGGAGCUAUUUCUUUGUGGAAUACCGAGUUCCUGAAGCAAACAUUUAGUGAGCAUCCUGGAUUCUCAGUUUCUGAAGACUGGUUCUUUGGUGAUGCAUGCCGUCGACUGGGAGGUCGUGUUACGAUGUGUACAUCUGUGUUUGUUGAAACCGAGACACCAUCAUCGGUCUUUUUCGCUAGUGGUGGUAGUCGAGGUGGGUUCGGAGAAAUGACCGUCUUCAAGCAACGAUUCAAGCGAUGGAACUUUUUCUUCGUCAUCGGAAUGUACUACGAUCUGAAAUACAUCUUUACGAGCUGGAAGCUCGGCUGGUGGGAGUUCGGAGCAAAGCUCUGCGUUUUCCAAGAGGUGUACGAAACUCUCAUUUAUCUUCUCGCUCCAUUCGUUCUCCCGAUUUCAUUCUACGUGCGCCCAAGUUUCUGCGGUAUUCUCUUGGGUGCAACUAUCGGCAUGUACCUUGUCAACGUCAUUCUCUUCAACGAGAUCCAUCUCCGACUGAAGAAUGAGCGCAUCGACUGGAAGGUGCUUAUAAUUUACUAUACAUUCUACAAAAUCGCCUUGACGGUCGUCAAUGUGGUCAGCUGCUACUGGUCACUAUACAAGUACGCGCGAUACUUCGCCAAGCGUCACCCGAAGGUUAUCGAGGAUGAGCUAGCUAUUGGUGUCGUUCUGAGCCUUGAGCGUGAUGUUGAGACACCGACACUUGAAGAGGAUGUUGAGAUUGCUUUCGGUGCCCAGAAUCCAGAUGCUAGUCGUGCAUAUAAAAGGUUGACAUUGACCAAGGUUGAGGCUCCACCGUUGACUCGGAUUGGUAGCCAGCAACUCGAUUCCAGUUCAUGGAUCUGA